AUUCUUUGGGGGGCCCAAUGAGGAACGCGGCCGAAGCUGGCCUGUCAAGAGAAGGGGCUGGGGGCGGGGAGAUGGUGAGUCGGGGAUAAACACUCCGCGGCGGUGGCGGCUGCUGCUCUGCUCCGGGUUCUGUCACUGUGUCGGCGGUGCCCAGCUCACUGGCCCCCUCCCUCUCUUGUCGAGCGUGGUUGCCAGAGAGGCUCCCUCAGCCCUGCUCCGCGGGGUCCACAGCGGGCUCUACAGCGGUCCGGCUGCGGCAGCGAGCCCGUGGGCAGUGGGGGUUGGUCCCGUGGCUCCGGCCCCCGGUGCAGAAUGGCGGCGGCGGUUCGGAUGAACAUCCAGAUGCUGCUGGAGGCGGCCGACUAUCUGGAGCGGCGGGAGAGAGAAGCUGAACAUGGUUAUGCCUCCAUGUUACCAUACAAUAACAAGGACAGAGAUGCCUUAAAACGGAGGAACAAAUCCAAAAAGAAUAACAGCAGUAGCAGAUCAACUCACAAUGAAAUGGAGAAGAAUAGACGGGCUCAUCUUCGCUUGUGCCUGGAGAAGUUGAAGGGGCUGGUGCCACUUGGACCCGAAUCAAGUCGACACACUACGUUGAGUUUAUUAACAAAAGCCAAAUUGCACAUAAAGAAACUUGAAGAUUGUGACAGAAAAGCCGUUCACCAAAUAGACCAGCUUCAGCGAGAGCAGCGACACCUGAAGAGGCAGCUGGAGAAGCUGGGCAUUGAGAGGAUCCGGAUGGACAGCAUCGGCUCCACCGUCUCCUCGGAGCGCUCCGACUCCGACAGGGAAGAAAUUGACGUUGACGUGGAGAGCACGGACUAUCUCACGGGUGAUCUGGACUGGAGCAGCAGCAGUGUGAGCGAUUCUGACGAGCGGGGCAGCAUGCAGAGCCUCGGCAGUGAUGAGGGCUAUUCCAGCGCCAGCAUCAAGAGAAUAAAGCUGCAGGACAGUCACAAGGCGUGUCUUGGUCUCUAAGAGAGUGGGCACUGCGGCUGUCUCCUUGAAGGUUCUCCCUGUUGGUUCUGAUUAGGUAAGGUAUUGGACCUGCCCACAACUCCCUUGCACGUACACUUCAGUGUCCCACCUUGACCAAAAUCAGCUUUGUAACUGUUUUCAAGGAAGUGCUUAGGACUGUGGGUUUCUGAUUGCAUCCACUAGCUUCUCUUUUUCUCGCCAUAAAAAUUUGUCUCUGAGAGACUAUACAUUCCAAUCAAUUUGAAGCAUCCAAGAAUUCUUAGACCGAAUAAGCAAUGUCCGCAUCUCAGCAGUCCCCCUCUUUGCUCUCCUCGUGUCCUCUCCCAGACCUUUCUUCCAGUUUUCUGGCUUACUAUGUUACUUGCCUAGGAGGAAUGUCCAAGUGUGUCUUGUACUUAGGAAACUGAAGGAAACAAACUUUUGAAAUUGAGAUCCUGAUCUCGGAACUCCAAAGUAAGCUUUGAAAGCAGCAUUUAAGAGCACUUAACCAUGGACCUCACCACCAGUGAGGAAGUCAGGAAUACCUCUAGAAAACACGCCCUUCACAGCGCGCAUGCUCAUUCCCCCGACGUACCGCGUGUGGAUGGGAGCAGUAUUUCUCACUUUAAAAUGGACACCUUGAUAGUGUGUCUUUGGGGUUGCACAGCUCAUCAAAGUUCCAAAUUGUUUGUUCUCACAAACAAAACGGUACAAUCUAUUUUUGUGCGAUGUUCUUGGGACCUCGCUGUGUUCUGCUAUCUCGAGGCACAUUCUCCCCUCCAACUUUGUUAAUGCUACUUGUCUCUGGAACAUUUUUUUUUCCUACCUCAGAGAUAAAUGAGAUCUCCAUUUCCCACUUAACACAGUGAUUAUCCUUUUUUCCCCCCAAAAUAGUGACAUUUGGUCCAAUUAUAAUCUAUUUUCCUAUUGAACUUUCAGCAAUAACUGAGCUGUGGCACUAGCAGAGCUAGUAGCCAUUAUCAGUAAAAGGAAAAGUCCACAUUUCUACUCUCUGUUGCGGGUGAACUAGAGAGGAUGGUACACCGUUACUAGAACUCCUCUCCUUAUUGAUUAUUUUUGGACACACCCAGAAACUUCUUUAUGGAGGCUUUUGGGUUGAUAGUUUAAAAGGCUGAUUUUUCUUUUUGGUUAUGAUUUCUCCCUAAAGUGGUCUCCGACUUUGUAGCAUUUUUAUUUAAGCUAAAACAGAGCACAUGUAUAUGUACAUAAGACACAUUAAAUCUAUAAAUACUAUUUAUUCAUUUUAUAUAAACUAAUGUAAUGGAAAAUAAAUUCUUAUGACUUUGUGCUUUUAUAGAUGUUCUAGAAACUUUGUAUGUAGGUAUCUACAAAAUUAGUUCAUUCCCCUGAAUAUUUUUGCAUUCAUAUUUUUGAGGUCUUGAUGUUUUCAGCCUCUGGCGAAUCUUUUUCAUUGAAUUUGAACCAUUUGUAAAAUCUGUGAUGCUGAAGCAGAGUGUGUCACAAAGUGAUGAGAACAUUCCUAAAAUCCAUGGACGCACUGCGACCUAAGGGCUCAACGGCUGACUCGGCAGCGGGCAGCCACCCCACGUUCCCCUGUGGUCACUUGCACACCACAGCCUGAAGCUCCCCCAGCGCCUGCACCUCGCACACAGCUAAGGUCAAAGUUCAAACGCACUCCACACGGAAGCUCAUUCUAUACCCGAAGAGCAAUCUCAAAAAGCAAGAUUACUUUUGUGUUUUUUUAAAAAUGAUUCUUUAAUGUAUUUUUCUAAAUGUUCUAAUUGGAAGUAGCGGACUCCUAAAUGAUUCCGAAGUCAUCUGUAAUUCUUCUGUUUUUGUUUUGUUCUGUUUUUUCUUGAUUUCAGCUUUGGGUGGGGGGAGGGGCAGGUGACACAAAGGAUUUUUUUUUUAAUUUUUGGAAUCUUUUCCAAUAACCAGCUAUAGAUUUGCACUGAAAUACAACUUGUAUGCCUUUUGCAUUUUUAAAGCCUGCUUCCUGGAUUUAAGCAGAGUGAUAGUGUUCAAAGAGCCAGUUCAGCCUGUAACAUAUUUGAAAAAGAUAUGUCUGCACUUUGAGGUCCCUUUUGAAUGCCAUUCACUAGACCUCUCAAGCAUUUUGUUUCAUUGCUACAUCCAAGCGCCUCACAAGUCCACGAUGCGGGACAGCAUCAAAAGCUCAAGACUUUGGAAAAAGCUUGUGGGCUUGCACUGGGGGAGGGAAGGGAACAAAAUUUGUGUACUUCUUUGUUUAAUUUAGAAAUAAGGCAUCCAAGAGAUGCCAUUAUUUUCUGUUUCAAUUGUUGUGCCUUUGAGUUAAACUGCAUUUUUGUCUUUUGGUUGAAAUCUGAAAUGUACUGUCCCAAUAUAAAACAGUAAUUAUUUGACCUUU